AUGGCUACCAAGACUCCCGUGCUCACCGACAAGGCCCCCAAGCCUCUGCCCGGCAUCUACUCACAGGCCAUCAUCGCCAAUGGCGUGGUGUACUGCUCCGGUGCGGUCGCCAUGGACCCCAUCACCGGCAAGCUCGUCGAUGGCGAUGUCAAGGCCCAUACGCACCAAUGUAUCAAAAACUUAAGCCACAUUCUGGAGGAGGCUGGCACCGACAUCAACAAGGUCGUCAAGGUCAACGUCUUCCUGUCCAACAUGGACGACUUCGCCGAGAUGAACUCGGUUUACAUGCAAUACUGGGGUGACGUGAAGCCAUGUCGAACAUGCGUUGCGGUCAAGACGCUGCCGCUGAACACCGACGUGGAAAUUGAAUGCAUUGCGGUGCUGUAG